UAGAGGAUCACCAGCAGGUUCCCAACUCCGCUGCACCAAAGGAGGAGAAAUUGGCCGAGGAAGACGCAUCUUUAUAUGCCAUUUUUUUUUUUUUUUUUUUCUCCCCCCAUAAAGGUGGCGCCUUCCUAGAGAGUUGGCAGCAUCACCUCCAUUUUCAAGGGGGCCACAUUGAUGUCUUAAGCUGUCGUGGAGCAAAGGGAGUGUGUGUGAGUGUGUGUGUGUGUGUGUGUGUGAGUGUUUUUUUUUUUUUUUUUUUCCUUCUCUUUUUGAGAGAGGAGAGGAAAAAGAGUGAUGGAAGAGCUCACCGCCUUCGUGUCCAAGUCUUUCGAUCAUAAAGUCAAGGAGAAGAAGGAGGUGAUCACCUACCGGGAGGUGCUGGAGACCGGCGCGGCGAGAGCAGGGAGCCGGGAGAGUUUAACCGCGGAGCCCGGCAGUCGGGAGGAGGCGGCGGUCGUAGCCCGAAACGUCGCGCUCUCGCCGGGGAGGGAGACAGACAUGCUCGGGCCGGAGAGAACCAGAGAGGCCGGUAGUCCCAAACUCAUCGACGGGAAUACGGACGUGAAGGAGAGGAAAGAGGAGUCCAAGCCCAUGGAGGAUGAAGCCCAGACUAAAAUCAAACAGAGACGAAGCCGGACUAACUUCACGCUGGAGCAGCUCAACGAGCUGGAGAGGCUCUUCGACGAGACCCACUAUCCGGACGCCUUCAUGCGGGAGGAGCUGAGCCAGAGGUUGGGACUGUCCGAGGCCCGGGUGCAGGUUUGGUUCCAGAACAGAAGAGCCAAAUGCAGGAAGCAGGAGAACCAGUUACAUAAAGGAGUCCUGAUUGGCGCCGCCAACCAGUUCGAAGCUUGCCGCGUGGCGCCGUAUGUCAACGUGGGGGCUUUGCGGAUGCCAUUCCAACAGGAUAGUCAUUGCAACGUGCCGCCCUUCUCCUUUCAGGUGCAGGCGCAGCUGCAGCUGGACAGCGCGGUGGCGCAUGCGCAGCACCACCUGCACUCGCACCUGGCGGCCCACGCCCCCUACAUGAUGUUCCCGCCCCCGCCCUUCGGCCUGCCGCUGGCCACGCUCGCCGCCGAGUCGGCGUCCGCCGCCUCCGUGGUGGCCGCCGCCGCCGCCGCCAAGAACACCAGCAAGAACUCCAGCAUCGCCGACCUGAGACUGAAGGCCAAGAAACACGCGGCGGCGCUGGGCCUGUGACGUCAGAGAAGGGGGUGGGGGGGACGCAAAUGCGCGGGAAACGCCGGGACACUAUUUAUGUUUUGUUUUUUCUCAAUUUUUUUUUUGAAUAAUGAAGGACGACGUGUAUAACUAUAAGAUUUUAAGAUAUUUAUGAGAUUAUGAAACAGAGGGGAUUUUUUUUAAUUUUUUUUUUAAUUUUUUUUUUUUACGCCGAAAAACAUGGACGGCGAUGAAGAGAAGCAGCAGGAAGAGGAGGAGGAGGACGCAGCUGGCACGGUCGAUACUUUGUCAAACAAGGCGAACCAUUCUGCAUUUUUUUUCGAACAUUCUCUGACUAUUAGGACUUCGUUUGGAACAUUUUACAGAGGCUGGCCUCGUUAUAUUCAACAACACUUCCGGUCCACACAAAGGACAAGAGAAAGACUUCCGGUCCGAAAUUUUUGCAUGACAACUCUUUUUUUUUUUUUGCCCCUAAAGGUGAAGCCAGAAAUGUGACAUCAUAAUAUAUGUGCUUUUUUUAUCAUUAUUUUUUUGCUAAGUGGUGUUUUAUCUCCUUUUAAAGGAGCUCAUUAUGUGAUAUAUAUGCCAUAUUUAAUGACAGUAUAUAACACAAAAUUCUGUAAAAAAAACAAAACAAAAAAAAACAACCGGUACGGACACGUGUAAAAUAUGUUUAUACACAUGCAUAUUUUUUUUUUUUUUGGUAUUUGACUUUAUUUUCGUGUAUGAAAAGUCACAUUCUUCCUGUAUGUGUAAAUAUGUUUUUUUAAUAACAGUGCAAGUGUACGGAGUCCCUAAAGGGACAGUUUUUUCCCCCCUUUUUUUUUUAAAGAAAAAAAAAAUCAUGACAUUUUCCAUCAUGUGAAACGUGAACCUACCUAACCAAAAUGUUUUCUUUUUUUUUGUCCCUAUAAUAAAUUAACUAA